AUGGUAUUGGGACUCCUCUUUGUGACCGUUUUCGUGCUCUCAGAUUGGAUCAAUCUGUUAGCAUUUGAAUCAAUGGUCAUCCAGAAUAAAUCCAGGCGUGAGAACAGCCACACGAGCCAGGGCGUCAGCCUGAGGAAGUUCAUUCCAGUUAGGCUGGACGCCAAAACUGAGCGACUUUUGGAGUUUUUGGUAAGAACGCAGACUCUGAUUCAGAUCCUGGGUGGAACCAGAGAGUCUAAGUUUCUGACCAGCCCCCAGAUGAGGUCAAUGUCUUUGGUCCACUUUGUAUUUGUAAGUAAAGAGGAAACAGAGUACCAUCGCUGGCAGGAAAGCUGGAGGCUGGAUGCUGCAUGGGGAGAAUGGAAUUUCUUCCUUCUUGUUUCUCCUUCCCUAAUUCUCAGUUUCUCUAUUUUAGAUGCCGUUGCCAUGAAGAAGCAAGCUUAUUUCAAUAGUACUGCAUACCUGCCAUGCCAUCCUACAAAGGCCCAGAAUAUGAGCCUGAGUGAGCGGAUAGUAUUUUGGCAGGACCAGAAAAAGUCUGUUCUGUAUGAGCACUAUUUUGGCAGAGAAAAGCUUGAUAACGUGAAUGCCAAGUACCUGAACCGCACAAGCUUUGAUGGAGAAAACUGGACUCUAGGACUCCACAAUGUUCAGAUCAAAGACAUGGGCUUGUAUGAUUGCUUUAUACAAAAAAAGACACCCAAAGGAUUAGUCAUCCUCCAGCAGACAUAUACGGAACUGUCAGUGGUCGCUAACUUCAGUGAACCUAAAAUCGAGGUUCAGUAUAAAGACAGGAAUUCUGGCAUAAAUUUGACCUGUUCAUCUAAACAAGGUUUUCCAAAACCUACAAAGAUGUAUGUUUGGAUCAUUAAUUCGACUAAUUCAACUAACGAGUACAGUGAUGAGAUGCUGAUAUCACAAGACAACGUCACAGAACUGUUCAGCGUUUCCAUUAACCUCUCCAUCCCAUUCCCUGACGAUGUGUGGAGUGUGACCGCCGUGUGUGUUCUGGAAACCGAGUCAAUGACGACUUCCUCCACACCCCAAGAUAUAGUUCUUCCAAGGUCAGAAUCCAAUCAAGACGAAAGGAAAUCCUGGAUUGCAGCUGUCAUCACUGGUCUGAUCAUCUUCAUACUUGUGCUAGUCUGUCUGAGAAAUAGAUACAAGAGGAAGCAGGAACGGCCUGGCAUCUCUUAGAAAGGUGACGAGUGUCUCUGUCCUGUCUGAAGAUAACCAGUUACAGUUUGUUUGUAAUGAACAUACAAGAUGAGGUGGUAGCUCGGCCGUGCACUGUUACAUAGCAUAUAUAAGCCAAGCCAGUCUCCAAUACUGAAAAAAGUGUUUUAAAAUGAGACUAUGAAACAGUGGGUUUCAUUGUGAUGCUCGCACGUGUAUAACCUGUACUUUGCAUACAUUCAACUCCCCAUUGUCAUUUCUUGCCCCCACCUCACACCAAUGACCCUCUUUCUUUCUGACAAUCUUCCUCUUUUCAGGAGAUAGAUGACUGGUAGAUUACACAUGAGAGAAAACAUAUUAUAGUUGCUUUUUCUGAGUCUGGCUUGUUUUGUUUAACAUGAUGGUGUCAUUUCCUUUAAAAUGACAUCAUUUUGUUCUUAACAAUGGUUUAAUAAAACUUUAUAGUACAUAUAUAUUUAUGCAUGUA